GCCUUUCUUUUUUCCUGUUAUUCAGUAUCCAUCAGCUUUUUUUACAAGAAACUGCAUUUUAAAUAGUUCUAGUGUUUGGAUGGAAGUUUUUAUAGCGAGAUAUUGAAAUUGACUUGUCCGAGACUGCACAGCAAAUUGAAUAUGACAAGAUAACGACUGCAAGAAGACUACGUUAACACGGGUCAAGUGUGAACAAAAUUUGUCAGUGUCGCCGGUUUCCGGCAUCCUGUGUCGACGUUUCUCGUAGAAAAGCGUAUGUCUCGUGGCCGAUGUGGGUACCAGUUUCGCACACCACGGCACGAAUAGUGUAUUGUGUUGUUCGGAUCUAGACUAUGCCCGCUCAUUAUUGUGUUAGAAUAACGGAUUUUCGCCAGUUUUUUACUCAAAAUCUGGUCGAAAAUGCCUACAAAUGGGGCUGCAGACGAGCGGGCAGAAGAUCUACAUGACAGUUGUGAUGAGAGCGAGGACGAGCAAGAAAUUCUAGAGGAAAGUCCGUGUGGAAGAUGGCAGAAACGGAGAGUAAAGGUAACUCAGCGAGAUGUACCAGGCAUCGAUGUGGCCUACUUGGCCAUGGACACAGAGGAUGGGGUCGAGGUGGUCUGGAAUGAAGUGCAAUUUUCAGCUCGGAGAGUCUUCAAGGAACAGGAGGAGAAAAUCCGUGUCAAAUUUGACAAUCUGAUUGGUCUGGAGCACUGCAACAUCGUCAAGUUUCAUAAAUACUGGGCGGAUAUCAGAACAGAAGUCAAGCCAAGGGUUAUUUUUAUCACAGAGUACAUGUCCUCGGGGUCGCUACGACAAUUCCUAAAACGAAUCAAGAAAGACAAACGAAAUAUACAAGAGAAGUCGUGGAAGAGAUGGUGCACACAAAUACUCUCAGCAUUAAGUUAUCUCCACACGUGCGAUCCGCCCAUAAUCCACGGUAACCUCACCACGGAUACCAUCUUCAUUCAACACAAUGGUCUCAUCAAGAUCGGCUCAGUCGCUCCAGAUGCCAUUCACAACCAUGUGAAGACAUACCGGGAAGAACAGAGAAAUAUGCAUUACAUUGCACCAGAGUAUGGAGAAGCUCAAGAUCUCUUGACGACCGGCGUAGACAUCUACGCCUUUGGAAUCUGUGCAUUAGAAAUGGCGGUUUUAGAGAUACAGACCAACGGAGAUAAUAAACAUAUAUCACGGGAGGCCAUCGAGAAAUCCAUUGACCAACUAGAAGACCCACUCCAAAGAGAUUUCAUCCGUAAGUGUGUCGGACCCGUUCCCCAGCGGCCGCUGGCAAGAGAGCUCCUAUUCCACAAUGUGCUGUUUGAAGUCCACUCCCUCAAGCUUCUAUCAGCUCAUUGCUACGUCCAAAACGAAAAUGUAUUAGACCAUGCAGACAACACACUCAUAGAGAGACUAUCACCAGAAACAGUAAUAGCAAGUAUAGAACAUCCGGACGGUGUAGAAAAUGUGCAAUGGAAAGUAUCCCAGGUUCCAGCCCUUGAGAUCGAGAAGUUUAUCGAGGAAGUCAAAAACGGCGUCUAUCCUUUAACGGCGUACGCGCUGCCAGAGCAUCCAGCCAAGACACGCCCUCAGACGCCAGAGACGGCGGAGUCAGUGAAGAGCACUACCCCUGAACCAGUAGAGGUGGAGAGUAGGGCUAUCUUAAGGAUGCAGUGUGAAACCAAGGAGGAGGAAGAAGGCAAAGUUAAAUUGGAGUUACUACUACGGAUGGAUGAUAAAAUGAACCGGCAGCUGAGCUGUGAAAUUGGAUUAGAGGACAGCCCAUGGGGUCUGGCAAACGAGCUGGUAGAAUAUGGUUUCAUCAAUGAUACCGAUAGGAUACGAGUUGCCGCCCUUAUAGAAGAGAAGCUAAACAUCCCAACCAACCAGUCCAGCGGACUUCCAGUCAGUGUCAACUCGUAGCAAGAACUCAACCCUCCAACAUUGGGAAAGCAGAGUGUGAUCAAUGCAAUUGAAAAUGCGUCCCGUCGCCACGCGUACGGUGGCACGUUUUUUGUACAUGUUUAGAUGAUAGCGUCACAGUAGUUGUACAAUUGUCCAAGGUUUCUUAAUAACUCUACUCAGUAGAUGUGAAACAAUAAGAAGAAUGUUUUAAUUCUGACGUUGUUAAGAAUUUACACAAGGAAUUUCUUUACUCUAUCUUAAUCCAACAGCACAUGAUAACCUAACCAGGCAUGAUAUUCUUCCUACUUAAAGGCAGUGGACACUAUUGGGAAUUACUCA